GAUAGGUGCGGUUUGCACAGCGCAACUCCCCAAAUACUCCUCAUUUGUCCGGUUACUGAGCUCGGGAAACAAGCACAUCGGGAGCAGCUAUGAUUUGAUGGUGUAACUUUAAAAAAAAUAAAUAUAGUUUUGGAUUUCCCUGUAGGGAUGGAGUAUGCAGCUCAUUCUUAAACAGCCAAGACGUCUCAGUGAGUUGUGGCAACUGCGAUGUGGAGCAGCUGCUGCAACAGCCUCGGUCUAACACCGCUGGACAGGCACCAGGUUCCACUCAUCCAAAUAUGCGCGUAAUUGGAGUGCACUUGCGAGGCGUCCCUUGCUACCCAUGCGGGAUAACGUCGUCGUGAUGUUCAAUACUUCGGGAAUUGAGUUCACUUUUACCAAGAAGGAGGACAUUUCCGAAGUUAUCAAUGGCUCUCUGCACCUUCUGUACGACGCCUUCACCACCGUCGGUCCCACGGCCAUGUGGAACGAGUCUUGCGGGGAACAGCUGCAGGAUUUCGGGCGUCCGGAGAAGAUCAUCAUCGGGGUGAUGCUGGCCAUCAUCACAGCGGUCACCGUUAUGGGCAACACGCUGGUGGUGAUCGCGGUGUGCGUGGUGAAGAAGCUGAGGCAACCUUCAAACUACCUUCUGGUUUCUCUGGCAGUGGCCGACCUGUCCGUAGCCAUCGUGGUGAUGCCCUUUGUGAUAGUGACAGACCUCACCGGGGGGAAGUGGCUUUUUGGAGAGGUGUUCUGCAACAUCUUCAUCGCAAUGGAUGUAAUGUGCUGCACUGCCUCCAUCAUGACCCUGUGUGUGAUCAGCGUCGAUAGAUAUCUGGGCAUCACGCGGCCUCUCACCUACCCGGCGCGGCAGAACGGUCAGCUGAUGGCGAAGAUGAUCCUGGGCGUGUGGCUGGCGUCGGCCUCCAUCACGCUGCCACCUUUCUGCGGCUGGGCCAAAAACGUGCACACAGCCGGCGUGUGCCUCAUCAGCCAAGACUUCGGCUACACCAUCUACUCCACAGCCGUUGCUUUCUACAUCCCCAUGUUGGUCAUGCUGGUCAUGUACUACAAGAUCUUCAAGGCGGCGCGUAAAAGUGGCGCCAAACAUCGCUUCACUGACAUUUCUCGCCGCGAGCGUCUCAGCACGGUGGCUAACGAGGCGUUGAGGAUGCACGGAAUGAAGCCUGGAGGCGUGGCGGAGGAAUGUGCCGCCAUUUCCCGCCUUUUGAACCGCGAGCGAAGAAACAUCUCCAUCUUUAAGCGAGAGCAGAAAGCAGCGACCACGUUGGGGGUAAUCGUCGGGGUUUUCGGCGUUUGCUGGCUGCCGUUCUUCAUCCUUUCCACCGCCAGGCCGUUUAUUUGUGGCGUUGAGUGUAGCUGCGUUCCAAUUUGGUUGGAGCGAACGCUGCUCUGGUUGGGAUACGCAAACUCCCUAAUGAACCCUUUUAUCUACGCCUUCUUCAACAGAGACCUGCGCUCCACUUACCGUGACCUUCUCCGCUGUCGCUAUCGAAACAUCAACCGCAGACUGUCCGCUGUGGGCGUCCACGAAGCUCUCAAGGUUUAAAAAGCUGAGGUUUGACUGUCAAAAAAAAAAAAGGGUGGUUUGGAGGCCUUGUGAUUGUACACCUGGUGCUUAAAGGGGGAUGUUGAACACAGCGUGAAGAUAAGACUGACAGUAGAGGAGUUGCUGUAUGUGGCUUUCUGGUCUCUCUGCAAAUCACAUCCCUCUGUGUGUGUGUGUGUGUGUGUGUGUGUGUGUGUGUGUGUGUGUGUGUGUGUGUGUGUGUGUGUGUGUGUGUGUGUGUGUGUGUGUGUGUGUGUCCCAGUCUUUCUAUUUUUGGAAAGAAAAUCAUGGAGUGCACUUGAUGGGCUAUUCAUGUCGACAGCGCUUUUGUGCAUAUGCCACCAAUCCUGGAUUAAUGGAAGGGUAAUGAAGGGACAAAGGAAGUGACAUGUAAACACAAUUAAUCAAGGCAACAGAAGUAAACAGAUCUGUGUACAUUAGGGAAAUUGAUGUUUGAUAAUAAUAAUAAUAAUAAUAAUGCAUUACAUUUUUUAUUAGAGCGCUUUUACAGGUGCUCAAAGCGCUUUACAAGUACACAUUACACAUAUUAGACAUGUAAGAGUCAUUACUGCGGACAUUACCUACAGGAGCAAAUGCGGGUAAAGGAAAAACAUUUGUUUAUGUGGCACAGCUUCUUCAUCAAAACACCCAUUAGAGACAUCACAGAUUCAUUUCAGACAGAGUCAACUCUUUGAGCUCUUUUGUGCUUUGUGCCAUGAUUACAUUUACAUUUAUAUCACUUUGACUCCAGCUAUACUUUUCCAUUUGGUCCUCUCACUAAAUUUAACAGGAGCACUUUGAUUGUUUCACAAAACAUGUGGUGAUGCCAAGCGAGAGGAGGUGGGUGGACAACAUGGUGUCAAAUGCAGAAUGAAGGGGAACAUUUUCCAUUCAUUAAACCUCAGUAUUUGUUGCUAUGAAAAUAAACUGAACGUCGUUUGUUUAGUGUCUGCAUGAAACACAUUUUUACCUACAAGUACGGUGGCCCACAAGUGCAAACGCGCUUCAACGGCCUAAAACAUUUCCAUUAAGAGAAACGCACAGGAGUUUAAAAAACGAAGCAAAUACAAGAACACAAAUGCACGAAAACACAUGCAAACAUGCGCAGCGUUUAGAUAACAUUUGGCAACUUGAGGAAACAUGAGCAGCGUUUACUAAAAGUGCAGCAAGAAGCUCAAAACACAACGGAAACGGGGACACUAAGAAGUGACGCACACAGCUGGGACCGGAGCGUUCAGGAAUAUAAAGUUGGACAAACUGUCUGUGUUGGCAAAGAUAGUCCGUUUCAUAUUUGUAAGUGUUUUGUCAGUAUAUUUGAAAUGACUAGGUUAGCUACGUAAGCUUAAAGCAGAUCCGCUAUAAUAUUUGAGGGAGUUUUGUGAUCACAUUGUUAAAGAAAGGCGUUACAUUUUAGGUACGUUUCGAACAACAGAGACAGGUUGGCAUAGCCGCGGGAAGUCAUUUUACUUAGGGGGUGCGGCCAAAAGUGGGGAGAGAUUUCAACAGUAACAUGAACAUAAUAGUUACCGGCAAAAAAGCCCUAUCAAUAAUGACAAACCACAUUGACAGUGACAUUUCAAUUUGUGCUCAAAAUGUCCAUAUUUAUAAAGAAUGUACACCAUUCACCAACAGGGGGUGCUGCAGCACCUCGAGCACCCCUACUUCCCGCGACUAUGCAGUUUGGCUAACUUUAUAAUCCCCUAACGUCAACAAGCUGUGUGCGUCACUUUUUAUUGUCCCCCCCGUUUCCGUUGUGUUUUGAGUUUCUUGCAGCAUUUCGAUUAUGCAGCCUCUUAGUAAUUGUGCAAUUUUUGUGAGUCGGUGAAGAUGUUUUAUUCAUCUGUGUUUCGCCACAUUUGUGUUUUGAUAUUUGCAUCGUUUUUGAAACUGUUGCUCCUAUUGGAAAUAUCUUUGACCUUUGCAUUUGCACCUGUCGGACACCGUACACAUGCCACUGUAAAAAUAAACCAUAAGAGAUUAUUUAUAGCAGAUUACAGUGUUUAUCACACACAUCCAAAUGAACUCAAUACAAUAUGUGUCAGAUACUGUGGACAUUUUUCACUGUCGUUAUUUUGCCUUUUAUUUUUUACUCAACAUUUGGCUGCUGACCUUAUUGGUUUUACGCAGCUCAACUAAAGCUGAUGAACUCUGCAGUUUCACUUUAAGAAUACAAACGUUCUUGAAUCAUUCAUGAACUUUUGUCGUCAAAUGUCACCAUUCGAAGCAGUGCGUGCUUUUUCUACCUCGAUUUUGAGAUUUCCUCCGAACAGAUGUACCGCUGUCUUGCAUCAUUUUGUAAUUAAUUGCUAUUUUAUAUAUGGUGUAAAAUCAAUCUGUGUACAACUGCUCUGUGAUUGCUCUCUGUGUGAACGCUUUGUCUUUUCAGAAACAAGCUGGGGAAGUGGCAAAGCAUUUCAUCACUUUGUAAAUAAAGAAACACUUGGUUUAAACGUCA